UUUAAAAACAUUUCACACGUGCAUCUCGGUAUUACCUAAAAAGUACAGACAGACAUUUUUCUUUUUUUUUUCCUGUUAAGAGAGAGAGUAUGUUAUCGUCCGAAUAGGCUAACAGCCAAUUAGGAAUUAAGCCAAGGGGAAUUGUUUUAAAAUAUUUUAAACGUAGCAGACAGCAAGUAGUAUUUACAUCCUAUUGCGAUUCAUGUAAGCAAGAUUUUUCCAGCGACAAACUGGAAUUAUAAAGCAAACUGGAUGCUCCAUUUGGUGGGUCAGAUACGCUACGCGACACAGGGACCCACUGACCUGAUAAGUACUUAAGUAUAAUUGUAGAGCAUUCGAUGUUUCGUCUUUAUUAUAUUAUUAUUCAGCAGAUAUGAUUGAAGUGUAUUUUCAAUAUCAGGAUCGUUUCGCUAGCCAGGGAGGUAAACUGCGGCAUAUCCUGCCGGUGGACAUGUCUGUGGAGAAUCGCAUCACAUCCAACAGGCAUGCAUCACCAGUUACCAGACAGCUCGACGCUCAAUUUCUAAAAUGCGGAAUAUGCCUGGAACGAUAUACUGAACCCAAGGUGUUACCGUGUUUGCAUACGUUCUGUGAACGCUGUUUGAUUCAAUACACUCCACCAGAAAGCCUAACUCUCACCUGCCCUGUAUGCAGGCAGCAAUCUAUCCUUCCCGAGCAAGGUGUAUCUGGAUUACAGAAUAAUUACUUCAUUGCCAACCUCAUGGAUGUCCUGGAGCAACCAUUUGCCUGUCACGAUUGCGAGUGCCGAACUUUAGCAGCCUCUAAAUGCACUGACUGUGAUCUAUAUUACUGUGAAACGUGCAGCCAGUUACACAAAGAAAAUUCAAAUUCUCAUAAGGUUAUAAGUUUGAAUGAAUUAGCUCUUCUAGAAGAACAAGAAAGAACGAGAGAUCAUCCGUCUCUGAUGUGCCCCAAGCACAUUAAUCAAACGUUGAGAUUUUACUGCAGAGAUUGCGAAACUGCUAUUUGUGUGACUUGUACAGAUAUAGAGCACGGAGGACACGUGACUACCAGACUCAGAGAUGCCGUAGAAGAUCAGAAAUCCUCUUUGAAGGAUCUCUUAGAGAAAGCAUAUUCUCAAGUUCCAGCACUAAACGAAGCAAUAGAUUCGGUUAGCAAUAUGUCCAACGUACUUUCGGAAAAAUACGAGGAUGCAAUUGGCCAAAUCACGAGUUCCUUCGACGAGCUCACAGAAUGCCUCCAGCUUCGUAAAAAUCUCCUAUUGGAGGACCUCGAAGAGGUUCACAGAAUAAAGCAGAGGAUACUGGAACAGCAGAAGCAUCUUCUAGAACUCUGCCUUUCCGAUUUGGGUACAAGUUGCGACUUUACAGAAAAUGCACUCAAUCAUGGCACCGAUACAGAGAUCUUGUUGGUCAAUAAACAGAUGUCCGAAAAGUUAGGCGAUCUGGCAGACAUGACUGUACAAAAAAUGCCAGAAGAGAACGACUAUCUCGUCUUUAGCGAUGAAAAUUUAUCGUCCGUGACCAAAUCUAUGCAGAAUUUCGGCGCCAUUUUAACGACAAGCGCGGUCGCUUUCGAAACCACAGCUUUUGGUGAAGGUCUCAAACAGUGUUACGUGGGUAAACAGACUUUAGUUAACAUAACGACUAAAGAUAGAAGAGGAGAAAUCGUGAAAGCCGGCGGGGCAACUUUUGAUGCUGAAAUUAUAUGCCAACAACUGUCUUUAUCAUUCAGACCCGAUAUUGUCGACCAGAAGAACGGCAGUUAUGAUCUCAUAUACAUUGUACCCAAAGAAGGAACCUACACGUUAAUCAUAAAACUUUUCAAUCAACAUAUUAAGGGUAGUCCUUUCUGCAUUAAAGCAUACGCCGAAGAAGAAAGCUCUUCCAGCGAUCGUCCUGUAAGUUCGAAGAUUCCCAGAACUACAGGAGUCAGACAGAGAGCCACUAAACGACCUCCGAGUUACCGUUCCAGUGGCUCUCAACGAAGAAGUAACCACAUUGAAGACGAUUUAGUUAUGAGAGUCGGUAUAAAAGGAAGGGGCAAAGGAGAAUUUACCAAUCCACAAGGGGCAUGCUGUACAUCAACGGGAAAGAUCGUCAUCGCGGAUAGCAAUAACCAGUGCGUUCAGGUGUUCACGGCGGCGGGGGAAUGCAAAUUAAGAUUUGGAAUUCGAGGAAGAAGCGCAGGUCAGAUGCAAAGACCGACGGGGGUUGGUGUCAUGCCAAAUGGUAAUUACGUGGUGGCCGAUUACGAAAAUAAGUGCGUGAGUAUAUUCGAACCCAGUGGAAAAUUCGUUCACAGAAUGGGCGUUGGUAAACUCCUUGGCCCAAAAGGUGUUACUGUAGACAAAAAUGGACACGUCAUCGUUGUCGAUAACAAAGGAAGUUGCGUGUUUAUCUUCCAAGAGAACGGAAAAUUGCUAUAUAAAUUUGGUUCCAGAGGAAGCGGAUAUGGUAAAUUUGCGGGCCCGCAUUACGUUGCUGUCAAUAGCAAAAAUCAGAUAGUCGUUUCGGACUUCCAUAACCACUGUAUUAAAAUAUUCGACUGCGAAGGUGCUUUCGUCACUUCCUUCGGUUCCAAUGGUGAAGGUAAUGGUCAGUUCAACGCUCCAACCGGAGUUGCAGUUGAUAGCCAAGAUAACAUUAUUGUUGCCGAUUGGGGUAACAGCAGAAUACAAGUGUUUGAUAGCAAUGGUUCGUUUCUUUCUUUUGUCAACAGUAAUGCCGAUCCUCUUUACGGACCUCAAGGAUUGGCUUUGACUGCCGAUGGAUAUGUUGUAGUUGCAGAUUCAGGAAAUCAUUGCUUUAAAGUUUAUAAAUAUUUACAGUGACAUUUAGACUUCGGAAAGCCGACAAUAGGAUGGACAUGCCAGAUUACAAAUAGUCCACAUCGCAACACGCCUAAAAAAGCAUUCCCGUCUUCAGCUACUGCUUAAAAGCUCAAGUGCCAUGUUGACAUCUUUAAAAUUCGCGUAAUGGUGCUUCAAUAAUAAUAAUAAUAAUAAAAUUACAUACGACUGGAUAUUUUCUCAAUUUAAUUUAUGACGUUUAUCCGAUAAAAAAAAUGAAAAAUAAUGUCUUUUAUAGGAGCAGCCUUUUUAAAUGGAACUUUACUACAAUCAUUUGGUUGAAGAUCAUGUUUUUAUCAAGUUUCCAAUAUUGAUUACAGGUAUCUUUCUUAGAAAGUCUAUCGAAAUGUUUUAUUUUGUGAUGUUCUUUUAUCCGAAGAAGGAAGGGAAAAACAAAAAACAAAAAUAUAUUAUUUUUUUCAAUUCAUUCAGGAUUUCUUAUAAUAUAUAUAAGCCAUUAAAUAAGAAUUUUAUCAGUACGCUGGCUUAACUUCAGCGCCAUUUGUAGAAUCUUAAGAGUGUAAACCUAAUUGUGAAAUUAUCUGUAUACCCCUCUACAUUAAUAGCUUGGUGUGCGUUUUUAAAAGAAAAAAAAAAAAACACUACUCGGCCCUGCCAUUAACUCAAAUUACUGCACACGAGAGAAUACAAACUCGUAGACUUGAAAUAAUUUCAAAAUUAUGGUCGUUCCUCCAGUUUUCCUUGAAACAAUGGGUUCUUUCGUAUCCACUCGUGUUAAGGGAAACUGAUUGUGUU